AAGGGUUGUAAAGAAAAAGAAAAAUGAAAAUAGCAGUGAUUGGAGGAGGGAUUAGUGGGUUGAUAUCAGCCUAUGUUCUUGUCAAAGCUGGUGUUAAUGUGGUGCUUUAUGAGAAAGAAGGUGAUUUGGGUGGCCAUGCCAAUACUGUUACCUUCCAUGAUGUUGAUUCGGACCUUGGUUUCAUGGUCUUUAAUCGGGUAACAUAUCCAAAUAUGAUGGAAUUGUUUGAGAGACUUGGAGUUGACAUGGAACCAUCUGAUAUGUCAUUCUCAGUGAGCUUAAAUCAUGGCAAUGGCAUUGAAUGGGGCAGCCGUAAUGGCAUUUCCAGCUUGUUUGUACAGAAAAGGAACCUCUUUAAUCCUUACUUUUGGCAAAUGAUUAGAGAAAUUAUCAAGUUCAAGAAUGAUGUUAUUAGUUAUCUCAAAGUUCUUGAAAACAACCCGGAUUUCGACCGCAAUGAAACGUUGGGACAGUUUGUUGACUCGCGGGGUUACUCCGAAUUGUUUCUAAAGGCUUAUCUGGUACCAAUAUGUGGUUUGAUAUGGUCUAGUCCUACUGAAAGAAUUAUGGAAUUUUCUGCUUUUUCAAUUCUUUCGUUUUGUCAAAACCAUCAUUUACUUCAGCUUUUUGGACGGCCACAGUGGAUGACUGUCAGAUGGCGUUCGCGCCAAUACGUAAAUAAGAUCAGAGAAGAGCUGGAGAACAGAGGCUGUAUAAUAAGAACUGGGUGUGAAGUGCAUUCAGUUUUGAGUGAUGAUGAAGGUUGCACCGUAUUAUGCGGAGAUGAGUCUCAAGAAUCAUUUCAAGGUUGCAUACUGGCUAUUCAUGCACCAGAUGCUUUGAGGUUGUUAGGGAGCCAAGUAACAUAUGAUGAAUUGAGAGUACUUGGUGCUUUCCAAUAUGUCUAUAGUGAUAUUUUUCUUCAUCAUGACACAACUUUCAUGCCGAAAAAUCCUGCAGCAUGGAGUGCAUGGAAUUUUCUUGGAAGUACUGACAAGAAAGUAUGCUUAACAUACUGGCUUAAUGUGCUUCAGAAUCUUGGAGAGACAAGCCUACCGUUUCUUGUAACGCUCAAUCCAGAUUAUACUCCACGACACACUUUGUUUAAGUGGAGAACAGGCCAUCCAGUACCAUCUAUUGCUGCAACAAAAGCUUCACUUGAGCUUGAUCAGAUUCAAGGGAAGAGAGGGAUUUGGUUCUGUGGAGCAUACCAGGGCUAUGGCUUUCAUGAAGAUGGAUUAAAGGCCGGGAUGUCUGCUGCAAAUGGUGUGCUGGGAAAAAGUUAUUCUGUUCUGAGCAAUCCAAAACAAAUGGUACCCUCUCUGAUGGAAACAGGGGCUCGCUCUUUUGUUACUCGAUUCCUCAGUCAUUUCAUAUCAACCGGCUGUGUGAUCUUGUUGGAGGAAGGUGGCACAAUGUUUACCUUUGAGGGAACUAGCAAAAAGUGUAAUCUAAAAACUGUUAUUAGAGUUCACUAUCCACAUUUUUAUUGGAAGGUUAUGACAGAGGCAGAUUUAGGCCUUGCAGAUGCAUAUAUCAAUGGAGACUUUACUUUUGUUGAUAAAAAUGAUGGUCUUUUAAAUCUCAUCAUGAUUCUCAUUGCCAAUAGAGAUUUGAUUUCUUCCAACUCAAAACUGAGUAAGAAGAGGGGUUGGUGGACGCCAUUGUUGUUUACAGCAGGUUUAACAUCGGCAAAGUAUUUCUUCAAGCAUGUCUUACGACAAAAUACUCUAACACAAGCUUGUAGGAACAUUUCUCGUCAUUACGACCUGAGUAAUGACCUAUAUGCUCUAUUCUUGGAUGAAACAAUGACAUAUUCAUGUGCAGUGUUUAAGUCUGAAGAUGAAGCUUUGAAGGAUGCACAACAGAGAAAGAUAUCUCUUCUGAUUGAAAAAGCAAGAAUUGAUGGUAACCAUGAAAUUCUUGAGAUUGGAUGUGGUUGGGGAAGCUUAGCCAUUGAGGUUGUCAAACGAACCGGAUGUAAAUAUACUGGUAUUACUCUAUCCAAGGAGCAACUAAAAUUUGCAGAGAUGAGAGUUAAGGAAGCUGGACUUCAGGAUAAUAUAACAUUUCAACUCUGUGACUAUCGACAACUACCUAGCACCUACAAGUAUGACAGAAUUAUAUCUUGUGAGAUGAUAGAAGCUGUUGGCCAUGAAUACAUGGAUGAAUUCUUUGGUUGCUGUGAAUCAGUUUUGGCAGAAGAUGGACUUUUUGUUUUACAAUUCAUAUCAAUACCGGAAGAACGCUACAAUGGGUACCGACGGAGCUCGGAUUUCAUCAAGGAAUACAUCUUCCCUGGUGGAUGCUUACCAUCAUUCACUAGGAUAACAUCAGCCAUGAGUGCUACUUCAAGACUAUGUGUGGAGCAUGUUGAAAACAUAGGGCUUCAUUACUACCAAACACUUAGAUAUUGGAGAAGGAACUUCUUGGAAAAUCAAAGCAAAAUCAUGUCAUUGGGAUUCAACGAGAAGUUCAUCCGAACAUGGGAAUAUUAUUUUGAUUAUUGUGCAGCUGGUUUCAAGUCAAAUACACUUGGAAAUUACCAGGUUGUAUUUUCUCGCCCUGGAAAUGUUGCUGCACUUGGCAAUCCAUACAAAAGGCCCCCUUCAGUACCUUAACGAAGCAUGCACCAUUUGCUUUGUACUUGUUGAACUAUGGUGUAACGAGACACUUUGGGAUUGAUUUCUGAGCAAG